AUGAUGUGCAUUGGUCAGUCGCUUUGCAGCGUUAUCAUACUUGCUUUGAAUGGUUGGCCGCCAGUAUUUCCUCUGGCAAUGACAUCUGGACUUUUCUUCGCUAUCGGUAACGCACUCACAGUUCACAUCAUGGAUGGAAUAGGCAUGGCAGAAGGCUAUUUGUUGUGGAAUACAGUGACUUGCGUCACCGGAUGGGCCGUUACGAGGUUCGGCCUGCUUGGAAAUCCUCAGCAGCUACCUUACGACAGUGUCAUGAACAUCAUUGGUGUCAUUAUCGUAUGCUUAGGUGGAUGUUUUUUCGCGACAAUGAAGCACCAUCGACGGUCAGUUCGACCUGCACCCUGGCAGGAAAAGGCACGUACUUGA